AUGAGUUCUGGAGAAAAAUGUAAAGUUUCAUCAUCUACAGACAGCGUUUUUGAUCAAAAUUAUACUGUAUAUAAAUCUCAAUUUGUUGGAAUUGAUAAUAAACCUUAUGCUGCAAAAUGUCUUUUGUGUGAUGUAAAAUUUACUCUUCCUGAGAAUGAGAAAGAUCUUUUAACUCAUCUAUUUAAGGAGCAUCGGCUUAUAAUAGGAGAUACUUGGAAAAUUGCUAGUUUAAAAAGUUAUAUACAUUAUUGGGGUGUUAAGUUCAGAGAAGAGCCUUUAACUAAGUUUUGUACAACAAUGUUAAUGGAUUGUACUCCUGAUGGGAAACCAAGCAAAAACGAAACAUAUUUUUUACUUUCUGAUUGUAUUUCAGAAGAUAAAGUCUUAAGAGAAGAAAUACAUUGUGCCAGACUGAACUGGGUUUUAUCAGAGCAAGCAAGAGAAAGGACAGAUACCAAGUUUAAACGUGGUUGUAUUUUCUGUAGAAUGGAAUUUUCAGGGUUACGCAUUACAUACAUAAAACAUUUGGCUCAAAAACAUAAUUUAUAUCUUGGAAAACCAGACAAUUUGGUAUUCAUAGAUGACUUUUUGGAUAAAAUUCAAACUACUAUUGAAAAUUUGAUAUGCAUAUAUUGUGAAAAAGUAUUUAAAGAUCGUACUGUAUUAAAGGAACAUAUGCGUAAAAAGCUACAUAAAAGGAUAAAUCCCAACAAUGUGGAAUAUGAUAAAUUUUAUAUAAAUAACUAUUUGAGUAAUUUACCAGAAAAUGAUGUAGUAGAGAACCAGAGCAGUGAAAAUGAGGAUGAGGACACAUGGUCUGAUUGGAAUGAUGAAGAUAUUGGUAUAUCAUGUUUGUUUUGCAGUUACAAUGACAAACACUUCCAUCUUAUUCUUACACAUAUGAUAACAGACCAUGAUUUUGAUUUUAAAAUUGCAUCACAAGGUUUAACAUUUUAUCAAAAAGUAAAAGUGGUAAAUUAUGUGAGGAGACAAAUUCAUUUACAGCAAUGUGUUUUUUGUGAAAUAAAAGCUGAUAAUGUUUUGGAGCACAUGAAAAAUGAAAAUCAUUUUAAGAUACCUACACAGAAAAUUUGGGAUCAACCAGAAUUUUAUUUCCCAAUGUGUGAAAAUGAUUCCUUUCUAUACAAUUUGGAUACAAGCAGUACUAGCGACGAAGAAAGUGACGUUGAAACUGCUACAGAAGCAAUGUAUGAAAUAUUUACAUAA